CUUACUUUAAAUGGCAUUUUGAAUGCAGCAUCGUUCCCUGUCAGUAGCAAUAAUCGAAAAUUAGGACGGUUCUUGCCUGAAAAGUUCCAGUUCCACAGCAGAUAUCAUGAGCACAUUCAGCCCACACCGCUAGGUUGUCAGAUGGCGGACCACAGAAUUUCAGAGCUGCACAGACUGAAACGAUCUCUGUCUGAGUUGAAGCCUCCGGGGCUCCCUGAAAGCUCUUCAGAGACUCCGAUUAUACGGGGCGGAAUCAGGCGGGUGAGAUCUCCGUCGGAGCAGAAGCCUCUGAAUUUCCCUGAAACAUUUUCAGUAACGCAAAUUUCAUCUCAAGGAAAAAAGCAGGCGUCGGGAAUACUGAAAUCUAGUAAUGAUUCUGUGAAACUUGAAGCUCAUGAAAGUGUUCAGACAGACGCGACGUUUGCGUGGUCGUCGUCGGGCGCCGAGGAGGGCAGCAGGUACGGCCAAGAGGAGCGCCGCUCCGGGGACAUCGUGCGCGGCAGCUACUACGUCUUCAUGCCCGACGGCCGCGUUGUGAGGGUCUCCUACUAUGUGGACCCGACGUCGGGGUUUGUGGCUGAUUCUUACUAUGGCCAAGAUAAUGGGACAUACGGUGGCCAGGAUAAUGGGCCAUACGAUGGCCAGGAUAAUGGUUCAUUCGGUGGCCAGAAUACUGGGCCAUACGACGGCCAGGAUCAUGUUUCAUUCGGUGGCCAGGAUAAUGGGCCAUACGCUGGCCAGAAUAAUGGGCCACACGGAGGCCAGGGUAAUGGUUCAUUCGGUGGCCAGGGUAAUGGGUCAUACGAUAACGGCAAAGAUAAUGCUAGUUCAUUCAAUGGCUCGAGCUCCUCAGGCCCUAGCACCGGAGCAACUGAUGUCAAAGUUGAAUCGCCGGCACGCAACUCAACUAACAAUAAUGUAGCGAACCCUGGGCCAAAAGAUGUUAACGUGACAAAAACUGACCAACCGAUCAUGUUUCCAGGGGGAGAUGAGAACCAAAUAAUUUAUGGAGGUUUUACUAAAGAUACCGAUCCUGAUGAUUCGCUGCACGGGAAAACGACAGUUCCAACACAGUCACUCAAUCCAGGGAGACAACUAACAAUAAUGUAG